GUUGAGAGUUCGACAUUUGGAAUGCAAUCGACGAAGUCAAUGCAAUUUCAGGUCAAGUAGCCUUAAAUUCAUAAUGGCAACGAAAGUUCAGCUUCCAGCUUGCAGCUGAAAAGUGGACUUCCCAAAGCAUCGGUAUCACACAGGAAAUCCCCUUACAAUCAAGUUGAGUCCUUACUGGGAAAAACGCCAAAUGACUAAUAUUUUGCUUGCCCGCACAGCCGGAUCAUUUAAACAAUUGUUGCUGAUAUUAUCAGUUUCAGCUUUAAACAGUGUGAGAGACGUUUUAAUUUAGCUUCGAUUAUUCGGUUAUUUUUAGCGGAUUUAUUGCAACUAAUUUCUAAAUAGUGGAGUCCUAAUACGGCUUUACAGUGCAAUGGCUUCAAGCGAUGAACAUCAGCAGCAUGAGGCCCAUUCUGAAGACAGUGCUUUAAUUUCUCCUUUACAUGAGGAUGAUAUAAUAAUUGACGAGGCUUCAGGGGUGGCAAUCAGAGUGCCACCAACCUACGAGGAUGAACGGAUUGAGAUUCCGGAUGAUGAAGGG